UAGGUUUUUAUUUUUAAUUGAAUUUUGACUUUUGACAAAUCAUACAAUAAUUAAGAAUUUCCACAACAAUAGACUAUGGAGCAAUAUUACUCCAAUUCCCAAACCCUCUCUUCAUCGUUCUCCGUCAUCCCAUUUGAUUUCCAACUUUUUUUUCUCUCUCCUUAUCAAUUGAAAGGACAUUUAAGCUCUGAAGAGUGACCUUAUCUUCCUCAAAAUCAAAUCCAUGGGUAAAAAGUUCAAUUGGAGUUGGUCAUCAGCUCUUAUAGGAGCCACAGCCGCCACAGCCACCACCGUCUUUUUCUUAGCCAAGCCGAAAGUACCCAAGUUUCGGCUUGUUAGCUUAACAGCUUUACAAAUCAAAUUCAAAAACCCGACCCAUCAGGAACACAAUGACAAAGCUAAGUUUCCUCGGCUUGACGCCGACCUAAUCUUGACCGUCCACGUCACCAACCCUAACAUCUUACCCGUUCGUUACUCCGACACUUCACUAUCCAUUUACUACGACGGGUCUCUUUUGGGAUCCGCCCAUGUUCCUGCCGGAUCCCAACCACCCAACUCAUGUCAGCUGCUCCGGCUUCAAGCCCGGCUUAAUGGGCAGGAGCUGGCCCAACAUGCUAAACGGUUUAUUGGGGAUGUGACUAAAAGAAAGAUGGUCAUUGGUGCUGAAGUGGAUAUUUGUGGUUGGGCUAACACUAUAUUGUGGGGCCCGAGAUUCAAGGUCCACGUGGAUAGCCGUAUUGUCGUUGAUCCUGUUCUGCUUGAUGUUAUUGAUCAAGAUAAUGAGUCUACUUUGCAACUCUUUGUAAAGUGAUGUUUGGUGUUUUUGUGAUGGACUUGGACUAGUUGUUGGUUUGAUCCAUUUAUUUGGCCCGUUUAUAUGUGGAAAUGUAAGUGUGUAAUAGAUAUUUGAUCAAUAAUGUAUUAUCAUAUUUUAACCCACUAUUCUUUUAAAAGACUGUCUUUCAGUGGGACAUUUUUAAAAUAAAUAGAUCUUAUUUAUUUUUUUAUAUAAAAAUAUAUUAGUUAGGGUCUCAUACAAUAAUUUGUGUAUCUCAAGUAAAGAGAAGUAAUACAUUUAAUACAAAUUAGUUUAGUAA